ACUAAUACAACCUAAACAAACAGUUGAGACUUUCUCACAAACCCAACAGGGAUUCCACAAACCCAUUCCUGGUCCUGACCUCUAUCCCGAUGUGAAGGAUGAGGUUAUGGAGCCAGAGUUUGAACCCAAGGUGCCAGUGCCGGCAAACACUGUCGAGGUUCAAUGUGGAGAGGUCUCCGUCAAAGUGCAGGUGAAGCAAGAUUUCUUGGGGAACAAUCAGUUCAUUAACCCCUCUGAUCUGACGCUGGGUGGUUGUCCAGCUGUUGGAUUUGAUGACCAUGCCAGGAUUGUUGCCUUUGAGUCAGCGCUACAAGGAUGUGGGAGCACAUUAACGAUGACUGAAGAUUCACUCGUUUAUUCCUUUGUUUUGGUGUAUUCACCUUCACCUGUUCCUAACACGCCUAUUGUGAAAACUAAUGAAGCUAUGGUUGCACUUCAUUGCAUCUACCCAAGGUAA